AUGGACCGAUUAUUGCCUCGUCAUAUCCAAGAUGCGGAUUCGCCUACAGCCUCACAGGAGGCCAUACGGUGAGUGACCCGCAGGUACGUUGAAUAUUGCUUGGUGGUCGUUGCCUGCCCAACAUCUCCAUUUUAGUAAUAAACUAACCCAAAGUCUAGCCAACCUUCCAGUCGCCGCGGCUGCUGACGUAACUGCCCCUGUGAAGAACCGAUAAUGCCAGCUGAGAGACACGGCCCAGUCGACAGCCCUGACUGUCCUCGGUUGCGCACGUUGCCAGCAUCAAGACUGGUUCGAUGAAAACGAUGUCGCCGUCAAUGAUCUGCUGGCCAUAAAGAACCGACUGCACAAAGCCUACGUCAACCGCCCCACCGACGACAUCAAAGCAGCCUUCUACCAUAGUCACCGCCUUGUGCAACAACGGCUGUGCGGGAUGCAGGACGCUUGGACGGCUCGCAAGGCCGAGAAGAUCCAAGGGUACGUGGAACUCAACGAAUGGAAGAAUUUCUUCUCCGCGAUCAAGGCUGUCUACGGUGCGCCAACCAAAGGUGCUGAACCCCUCUUCAGCGCUGACGUCAGCACCCUACUCACCGAGAAGACACAAAUUCCACAGCGAUGGGCCGAGCACUUCAGGGAUGUUCUCAACCGUCUCUCCAAAAUCUCCGACACCGCCAUUGCCCGUCUGCCUCAAGUGGAGAACAACGCCGGCCUCGACAUUCCGCCCUCUAUCCACGAAACCAUGGGGGCCUUGCAGCUCUUCACCGAGAAAGCGUCCGGAUAG